UGGCAGCAUAAACCUAAAACUGUGCGCGUGAGGAGGGUAUUUCCUGCCCAAGAUGCAGGUGGAUCGGAGCUGUGUGGUUCUCAGCGCGUGUUUCCUGUUACUUUUCUCAACUCUCAGCACCAGGGUCACCGGGAUGGGGAGCACCCACCAGAGCAUCCCUCCAUCUGUGGUGAAGCUCUGGGCUUCAGCAUUUGGUGGAGAGAUGAAGUCCAUCUCUGCAAAGUAUUCUGGCUCUCAGCUGCUGCAGAAGAAAUACAAAGAGUUUGAGCGAGCAGUGCGGGUGGAGGAGAUCGACGGGCUGCGGCUGGUAAAAAGACUGGCAGAGGACAUGGAGGAGAUGUUUCAUAAGAAAGCACAGGCCAUGAAGAGGCUGGUGGAGGCAGCAGAGGUGGCCCACCUACAGCAUGAGGAGGAUCCAGACCUGCAGUAUGAAUACUUCAAUGCAGUGCUGAUCAACGAGGUGGAUGAGGAGGGGAACAGCGUGGAGCUGGGAGGAGAAUUCCUCUUGCAACCAAACGAUCACUUUAACAACCUGUCAGUCAACCUCAGCCUAAGCGUGGUGCAGGUGCCGACCAACAUGUACAACAAAGACUCUGCUAUUGUCAAUGGCGUCUACUGGUCUGAGGCUCUGAAUAAAGUGUUUGUGGAUAACUUUGAGAGGGACCCAUCACUCAUAUGGCAGUACUUCGGCAGUGCCAAAGGCUUUUUCAGGCAGUACCCAGGGAUCAAGUGGAAGCCAGAUGAAAAUGGGGUCAUAGCAUUUGACUGCCGUAACAGGAAGUGGUACAUCCAGGCCGCCACCUCUCCAAAGGACGUUGUCAUCCUGGUGGAUGUGAGUGGCAGCAUGAAAGGCCUCAGGCUAACCAUCGCCAGGCAGACGGUCUCCUCCAUACUGGACACUCUCGGAGAUGACGACUUUUUUAACAUCAUUGCAUACAAUGAGGAGCUGCAUUAUGUGGAGCCGUGCCUCAAUGGAACUCUGGUUCAAGCAGACGUCACAAACAAAGACCAUUUCCGUGAGCACCUGGACAAGCUGUUUGCCCAGGGCAUUGGGAUGUUAGACCUAGCUCUGACUGAGGCCUUCAAUCUUCUUAGUGAUUUCAACGAGACUGGGAGAGGCAGCGAGUGCAGCCAGGCGAUCAUGUUGGUGACAGAUGGGGCAGUGGACACAUACGAUGCCAUCUUUGCCAAGUAUAACUGGCCAGAGAGGAAGGUCCGCAUCUUCCCCUACCUGAUUGGUCGAGAGUCAGCCUUCGCAGAUAAUCUGAAAUGGAUGGCGUGUGCUAACAAAGGCUACUUCACUCAGAUUUCCACUUUGGCAGACGUGCAGGAGAAUGUGAUGGAGUAUCUCCAUGUGCUGAGUCGCCCUAAGGUGAUAGACCAGGAGCAUGACACGGUGUGGACUGAAGCCUACAUUGAUAGCACGCUCCCACAAGCACAAAAGUUGGAAGAUGGUAAAGGUCCUGUUCUGAUGACCACAGUGGCCAUGCCGGUGUUCAGUACAAAGAACGAGACUAGGAAUCGGGGCAUCCUUUUGGGGGUUGUUGGAACGGACGUGCCUGUCUCUGAGCUGCUCAAGGCCAUUCCCAAGUAUAAGCUGGGUAUUCACGGCUACGCCUUCGCAAUUACAAACAACGGCUAUAUCCUCACCCAUCCAGAUCUACGGCCACUUUAUGGAGAUGGAAAGAAGCGAAGAAAGCCAAACUACAGCAGCGUGGAUCUGUCCGAGGUGGAAUGGGAGGACAAAGAGGACACGCUGAGGAAUGCCAUGGUCAACAGGAAGACAGGGACCUUCUCCAUGGAGGUGAAAAAGAGCGUCGAUAAAGGGAAACGGGUGCUGGUGUUGCAUAAUGAUUACUACUACACAGACAUCCAGGGAACUCCUUUCAGUCUAGGGGUAGCUCUUUCCAGAGGCCAUGGGAAAUUUUUCUUCAGAGGGAAUGUCACAGUGGAGGAAGGACUUCAUGACUUGGAGCAUCCUGAUGUAGCGCUGGCAGACGAAUGGACUUACUGCAACACAGAUGAGCACCCAGAGCACCGCUACCUGUCACAGAUCGAGGCUAUCAAACUUUACCUCAAUGGACACGAACCACACCUACAAUGUGACAAGGAGCUGGUUCAGGAGGUUCUCUUUGACGCAGUGGUGACGGCCCCUCUGGAGGCCUACUGGACGAGUCUGGUGCUCAAUAAGUCUGAGAACUCUGAUAAAGGGGUGGAGAUAGCCUACCUGGGCACAAGAACGGGCCUGUCCAGAAUCAACCUGUUUGUGGUUCCUGAUGAGCUUACAAACCAAGACUUCCUGACAGCUGAAGACAAAGAGGGAGUGUUCAACGCUGAUCAUUUUCCCCUGUGGUACAAGAGAGCAGCAGAACAAGUACCAGGAACAUUUGUCUACUCUCUCCCUUUCAACACAGGAUCAGAAAACAAGAGUGUCGUUUUGGCCAGCACUGCCAUUCAGCUUCUGGAUGAGAGGAAAUCACCCAUAGCUGCGGCUGUUGGCAUCCAGAUGAAACUGGAAUUCUUUCAGAAGAAAUUCUGGACAGCAAGCAGACAGUGUGCGGCAUUAGAUGGCAAAUGCUCCAUCAGCUGUGAUGAUGAGGACAUCAACUGCUACCUUAUCGACAACAAUGGUUUCAUUCUGGUGACAGAGGACUAUACACUGACAGGGAAGUUUUUUGGAGAAGCAGAGGGAGCUGUAAUGAGUAAGCUCCUGCAGAUGGGCUCCUUUAAGAGGGUCACUCUGUAUGACUACCAGGCUCUGUGCUGGGUUUUUUCAGAGAGUAGUGCUGGUGGACACACGUUGUUGGAUCCAUACUUUGCCUUCUUCUCAGCCGUUAAGUGGAUCCUGACUGAGCUUGUCAUAUUCCUGGUGGAGUUUAACCUGUACAGCUGGUGGUACUCUGACCUCACAGCUAAAGCUCAGAGGAUGGGUCGGACCAUGCAGGUACCAUGUGACACAGAGUACCCAGCCUUCAUUUCUGAGAGAACCAUCAAAGAGAACACAGGCAACCUCGACUGUGACGGAUGCAUCAAGUCCUUUGUGAUCCAGCAGAUCCCCAGCAGUAAUCUCUUCAUGGUGGUGGUGGACAACAAGUGCGACUGCAGCAUGUUCGAGCCAAUCACCAUGGACCCCAUCGAGAUCAUGUAUAAUGAAUCUCUCAAGUGUGAGAGGCUGAAGAUGCAAAAGGACAGGAGGCGCCCGGAUACCUGUCACCCUUUUCACCCAGAGGAGAACUCCAUGGAGUGUGGAGGAGCUGCAGGUCUCUCCUUGUCUCUCACUGCGAUACUGCUGUGCGUCCUCCUGUCUCUUUUCCCGAGGUGACCAGAGCCAGCCGCACCUCACCAUCCAAAACUUGACUUGGAUCGGCUUGGCAAAAGAACAGCAGCAAUGCCACAGGAGAAAAAAAAAACACUCAUGACCCUUUUUACAUUGCGCCCAAUUCCAAAUCACCACCUACAAAGCCCCUCGCCCUGAGGAACCCCUCUACCAGGCACUUAUUUGAAAGGAUUGAAACAGAUAGCUGUUUAGAUAGACAUCAUUAAGGUGCUUUAGCAAUAUCACACAAGCGGCACAAAGAGGAUUUCGGGGCAAGUUUAACAAAGUAAUACUGCUUACGAUGCACAUAGUAGCUUUUAAACUGCACAGGUGACACCCACACCACUACGUUCAGUCCUUUCAGGUAGCAGCUAAGGGCCGGGGUCCGUAGCUGGGCUUGGAACUGGGCAUUAGAGCCACGUAACACCAUGUGGAGAGAGACAGGUGCACCUCCCCCCUGACCCGCUCUGAUGAAUUUCAAUGGACAAUAAUGAUUAAAAAGAUCAUACUGAAGAUGAAUACAUGUGGCCAGGGUUGUAAAGAAAUGUUUGUCUGAUGAUUUUUUUCAUUAUGAGAAAAAAAAGUCUAAAUAUGAAGAAUAAAGAGUUUUAUUUAUAAUUUGCAAGUGAUACCCAUAAACUGUGAGAUUUUGAGUCCUCUGAUGUGAGUGGUUGUUAAUUUUUGAGCUUUGCCUUAUUGAAGAAUAUUGGUCCUGUUUGUGUACUUUUAAAAUAAAAUGAUUUUGAAAAUGGA